AUGAUAGACACCCAAAGACGUGUACAAUCACCAAAGCAUUUUUUUUUCCUUUUCUUCUUCACUUAUCCUCUUUUCCUGCUCCCCUUUCUCUUCCCUAAUUCCCCCCUUUUUUUUCUGUUUUUUUCCAUUUCUUCAUACUUAUCACUUUUCCUGCUCCCCUUUCUCUUCUGUUUUUUUUUCCUUUUCUUCUUCACACUUAUCCUCUUUCCCUGGCUCCCCUUUUUUUUUUUUUUUUUUUUUCUUCAUACUUAUCACUUUUCCUGCUCCCCUUUCUCUUCUGUUUUUUUUUUUUCCUUUUCUUCUUCACACUUAUCCUCUUUCCCUGGCUCCCCCUUUUUUUUUCUUUUUCUCUUUUUUUCUUCAUACUUAUCACUUUUCCUGCUCCCCUUUCUCUUCUGUUUUUUUUUUUUCUUCUUCACACUUAUCCUCUUUCCCUGGCUCCCCCUUUUUUUUUCUUUUUCUCUUUUUUUCUUCAUACUUAUCACUUUUCCUGCUCCCCUUUCUCUUCUGUUUUUUUUUUUUCCUUUUCUUCUUCACACUUAUCCUCUUUCCCUGGCUCCCCCUUUUUUUUUCUUUUUCUCUUUUUUUCUUCAUACUUACCACUUUUCCUGCUCCAUUUUCUUCACCCUGACUCCCCUUUCUCUUUUUCUGUUUUUUUCUCCUUUUCUUCAUACUUAUCACUUUUCCUGCUCCCCUUUUUCUUACUUGACUCCCCUUUUUUCCUGUUUUUUUCCUUCUUCAUACUUAUCACUUUUCCUGUUCUCCUUUAUCUUGUUUUUUCCUUUUCUUCUUAUCCUCUUGCCCUGA